AUGACAGGCGCCGAAGGCGACAUUGCAAUGCUACUCGACGCGCCGCAAGCUAUAACAUCGCCGACCCCGUUUCUCGCGCCUGAUACCAUUUUCCACCUCAGUGGGAGCACAGCCACAUCGCAUUCCGCGCAAGACGACCGCAUCCAAGCCAUCCUUGCGUUCCUUUCGGACCCAGAAAAAGCGCGCGCCUGUGCCGCGUUGCAGGUCAUCGAGACGCCUGAUUUCAAGCCGGCGAAUGCGCCGUCCAGUCUUGCGCGUACGCGCGGCGCAUCCGCGGUAGUGGACGACAUGUCCGACGCGGCCUUCCGAGCGCGGCACGCCAAGCCCGAACGGAUGGAAAAGCGUCUUCGGCACCAAGAGAAGGAAACGCUCGUGCGCGAUCGGAGGCGCCAUCUCAACCGCAUUGCCGCUCUGGAGCGUGUAAAUGUAGCACGGCUUGUACCUAUGCUAGCCGCACGCGAACAGGAGCAGGGCCGCGCCGUCCAGAGCGAAGUUGCAUAUACUGAACACCUAUCCUUGCUACAGGAGCGGCUACUUGCGGAAGCGCACGCGACAUUGCAGCGGUACGACACGCUGCUACCAGGCGAAGCGCGUGCGAGUUCAGGCGCCAGUGCGCAGCGCGUCAAGAGCCGCGCGCCGCUGAGCACGCGUCUUGGCCCAUCCCUGCACGAGCUUUCGAAUGAAGUGUGCACCCUAUACCCCGAUCGCACUCGGCAGCAUCCGGAUACCGCAUUUGGCGAGCGCGUGCCCGACUAUCUCACGCGCAGUGCGCCGUUCGAAGAAGCCAUAGCCGAAUUCCUAGCGUAG